UUGUGAAGCGUACAGUCUCUCCUCUCUUCACGUCUCUGAUCUCACUUCCAAAUUCGAAAUAUCUCAAAUUUUCGAUUUUUUAAAUUAAAAUUUCAAAAAAAAAAAAAACAACUGGUUCUGGCUAUUUACAGUGUUAUUUAUCUAAUCUAUCUGGUGGUGAUUGUUUGUGGGUCUGAUUCAAUUCGAGUGGGGAAGAGAUGGUGUUCUUGAGCUGGGGCCGUCCAUCUACCGAGCAACAACAACAAGUUAUCAACAAAUCAGGAACGUUCAAUUACGACAGCAAGUACAGAGGAGCUUCGUCUAGAACAGCAUCUAAACUAAAAGAAGAUUCAGAAGUCAACAAAGAUGGGUUCUUCAUCAAUCACUCUCGUGUCUUAGUGGGUUCUGGUAAAGAGAGUUACGACAAGGGGAAACAAGCUCUUCAGAACUGGAAGCACAUUGGUAUGGAUUGGGCAUUUGUUGAUCCUAAAACUCCGGUUGAAACCGGUAAGAAGUUGUGCGUAUGUGUGAAAGAAGUUCUUCCGUGGGUGAUGCUUCCUCUUCAAGUGGCUUACGUGGACGAAAGAAAGAAGUCUAGGAAAGGCCCCGCGCAUUUCGGUUACGGAUGCGGCACUCUCGAGGGACAUUUACUAGCUGGAGAAGAGCGGUUCUCGAUUGAGCUGGAUGGAGAUGGUAAAGUGUGGUAUGAGAUAACGUCCUUGUCAAAGCCAGCUCAUUUCUUGUCCUUCCUUGGUUAUCCUUAUGUCAAGCUCAGGCAGAAGCACUUUGCUCAUCAUUCUUCUGAUGCUGUCCUUAAACAUCUUACUGCUUCUUCUUCAUCUUGAAAAUGAUAUGAGGGUAUAUUUUAAGUUGUAUGUUUACGAUAAAUCAGUGUUGCAUCUUUUCUUCUCUCAUAUAUAUUGAAUAGAAGUUCUUAACUUCUUAUGGA